GAAAGCAUGAAGACUGUAGUUUUUCUCCUAUACAUUUUGGGAACUGCAACUGCAAUACCGACAAAUGCAAGGUUCCUGUCUAAUCAUCCAAAACCAACUGCUGAUUCCUUGAGUUCCAUCCAACAGGCUGAAGUGUUAGUAACACCUAACGACACUGCAAUCCCCAUGUUAAGGGUUGAAGAUGCAGAAAAUGAAAAGGAAAUUGCAGUGCCUGUAGAAGACCAUCCCGACCAUAAGGCUGAAAAAUCUUCAGUACUAAAGCCAAAGGAGGAAAGCCAGGACCAGUCAGCAGAUCAGGACCAGAGUUAUAGCCAAGAGCUCGGGUUACAGGAUGAAGAGGAGAGUGAAAGUGACUUAAGUGAGAAUGUGGAGUACAUACCAUCUGAAGGUACAUUGGACCUAAAAGAAGAUACGAAUGAGCCUCAAAAGAAAAAACGCCCAGAGAACAUUGAUUUCCUUGCUCCUAAUAUUAGUUCCAUUGUAGAUAUUAACCAACAAGAAAGCAUCACAAAAACAGAAAAAAAACAAGAACAACCAAUGAAUGAAUUACAUUCUCAGUUGAACAGGAGCAACAAACAUAGCCAAGAUGUAAAUGAUCAAGGAAACCAAGAGCAGGAUCCAAAUAUCCCCAAUGGAGAAGAGGAAGGGGAAGAAGAGCCAGGUGAAGUCAGUACCCACAACAAUAACAAAGAAAGGGAGAGAGAAUUUCCCAAGGAGCAUUCUAAUAGCAAGGAGGAUGAAAAUAGUACCAAAUCUGAUGAUGUUUUGGAAAAGUCCAGUGAACCAACUGAAGUAAGCAAAAUGCAGAAAGCUGAAUUUGAGCAGGGUAACCAAGAACAAGAAGAAGACAGUUCCAAUGCAGAAAUGGAAGAGGAAAGUGCAUCAAAAAUUACUAAGCACAGCCAAGAUGCUGAAUGGCAGAGCCAAGAAGAAAAACCUGAAGUUACCAGCAACCAUGAGGAGAUGGAUAAAAAGACUGUUUCUGAGGCUUUGCUCGUGGAGCCUACUGGUGAUGGUAACACCAUGCCCAGAAAUCAUGGGGCUAAUGAUGAUGGUGGUGAUGAUCCCAGACACGAUGCAACUGAUGACUACGAAUUCAUCCCAAGUGAGGCCUUCAUGGAGGCUGAAAGAUCUCAGUCCAUUUUCUAUCACCUCAAAUAUGAAGAGGAAAGAGAAAGAGAAAAAGAAAGAGCACGUGAAAAUGGGAAUGUAGAUGCCAGUGAACCUGGAGAAUACCAAGGGGCCAAGAAAACAGAGAGCCUACCAAAUGAAGGUGAAAGUUCAUAUGAAGACAACAGAAUGGUACAUGGUACUGAUUCUUGCAUGAACUUCCAGUGUAAAAGAGGACACAUCUGUAAAGCUGACCAGCAGGGAAAACCCCACUGUGUUUGCCAAGAUUCAGUGACUUGUCCUCCUUCAAAACUCCUUGACCAAGUUUGUGGCACUGACAAUCAGACCUAUGCCAGCUCCUGUCAUCUGUUUGCUACUAAAUGUAAACUGGAGGGAACCAAAAAAGGGCACCAGCUACAACUGGAUUAUUUUGGAGCCUGCAAAUCUAUUCCUAUUUGUACAGACUUUGAAGUGACUCAGUUUCCCCUAAGGAUGAGAGACUGGCUCAAGAAUAUUCUCAUGCAGCUUUAUGAGCCAAACCCUGAACACGGUGGAUAUCUAAAUGAGAAGCAGAGAAAUAAAGUCAAGAAGAUUUACCUGGAUGAAAAGAGGCUGUUGGCUGGGGACCAUUCCAUUGACCUUCUCUUACGGGACUUUAAGAAAAACUACCACAUGUAUGUGUAUCCUGUGCACUGGCAGUUUGGUGAACUUGACCAACAUCCUAUGGACAGAGUCUUAACACAUUCUGAGCUUGCUCCUUUGCGAGCAUCUCUGGUGCCCAUGGAACACUGCAUAACUCGCUUCUUUGAGGAGUGUGAUCCCAACAAAGAUAAGCACAUCACCCUGAAGGAGUGGGGCCACUGCUUUGGAAUUAAAGAAGAAGACAUAGAUGAAAAUCUCCUGUUUUGA